GAACAAAGAGAUUUAUAAUCCAAAAGCUGAGCUGUCUUCUGUAACAGGAGAAAUUGAUCCCGAUUUGGUUGAAUUUGACAAAGUUUGUGCAAAUAUUUGUAGGGAUUUGGUGGAGGAAGAUAAUGAAUCCCUUGGAGAUGCACUGGAGUGGUGUGAAAAGGUUUUCAAUUAUAAUGUAAGAACAGGGAAAAAGAUUCGUGGGUUAGCUGUUUUGAAAGCUUUUAAAUUUUUGUCACAAAAUAAGUAUUCAGCUGAAGAUUUAAACUUAGCAUGUAUUUUAGGCUGGUGCAUUGAAAUGCUUCAAGCUUUUUUUAUAAUUACGGAUGAUGUUAUGGAUGAGUCUACGAUGAGGAGAGGAAAAAUAUGCUGGUAUCAAAAGCCUGAAGUUGGUCUUUGUGCUGUCAAUGAUGCUAUCUUACUUCAUUGUGGAGUCUACAAAGUUUUAAGGAAGCAUUUCGAAGGUUUAAAAUCCUAUAUGAAUAUUUUGCAUGAAUUUAUUGAGGUUGUCCGUAAAACAGCUUAUGGUCAAUGUUUAGAUAUGUUAAACAAUCCUCCAAACCAAAGGCCAAAAUUUGAGAACUUCUUAAUACAAAGGUAUAAUACCAAUGUUGAAUAUAAGACUUCGUAUUAUACAUACUGCCUGCCUAUUCAUCUUGCUAUGCACCUUGUUGGUAACUGUUCUGUUAAAGAAUUUGAGUCCAGCCAACUCCUUUGUUUGAAGCUGGGAAGACUUUUUCAAAUUCAGGAUGAUUAUUUAGACUGUUAUGGUGAAUCCAAUUUAACUGGUAAAGUUGGUAAUGACAUAAAAGAAGGAAAAUGCACUUGGCUUGCUGUCACUUUUCUAGCACAUGCCUCAGAAGCCAUGAAGAACGAAAUGAUGGAAAGCUAUGGUAUUGAUAAUUCAGAAUCAGUAUUCAAAGUCCUGAAACUGUAUGAAGCUCUGGAAUUGGAAAAAAAAUAUAAGGACCAUGAAGAAGAGUUAUAUUCUGAAAUCAAAAAAGAUAUUUCUCAUUUGCAGUCAGAACCUAUGGAAAAACUUUUCGAUUAUCUCUUACAUAAGAUAUAUGAAAGGAAAAAAUAAUGUAUACACAUUUUUUUUGAAUGGAAUGUGUCUUAAGUCAAAUUUUUUAUAUGUUAUAGUGUUUGUAUUUUUUACUAAUAUAUUUUUGAUAAUUUUUUACUGUUGUAUUUCAAGAUAAAUGUUCUAACAUUUUCUUUUUAAAAUAUCAUCCCUUAUUACAGAGGUUAAUUAUUCUAAAAUAUGGAAAUUUGCAGUUUUAUCCCUAAUGAAAAUAACUAGUGUUUUAAGCCUUUAAUAUAAGGAGCAUGAUCAAUUACUGUGCUUGAAGUAAACAGCAUCGCUGAGGUGGAUUCUUAAAAUAUUUGAAACCUCACUAAGUACUGUGACUGUUUCCAGUUAGCUUUGAAUGUUCUGAAAGUUCAUAUGAUAUUUAACUACUUAACCUUCAGAAAGUCAUUAAUAUCAUACAAGGCAAAGUGAUUAUUUUAUUAGAAGUAAUCUACUUAAUGGUUAAAUGUUACUUAAGUGCCUACACCUGGUAAUGCUUAUGAUAGCUAAUACUUUUGUAAAUAUGUAACCCUUCAAAAAGGCUUUUCUAAUUAAAACAUUCCUGAAACAUA